UUGUCAAAGAUUAGUUAACCAAAAGUUUGUGGGUUCAUUUCUGGGCUCUCUAUUCUGUUCCAUUGGUCUAUAUGUCUGUUUUUGUACCAAUACCAUGCUGUCUUGAUGACUGUAGCUCUGUAGUAUUGUCUGAAGUCUGGGAGAGUUAUUCCUCCAGCCUCUUUCUUUUUCUUCAGUAAUGCUUUGGCAAUUCUAGGUCUUUUGUGGUUGUAUACAAAUUUUAUUAUGAUUUGUUCUAGUUCUGUGAACAGUUUGGGUAUUCUUUGUAUUUUCCAACUUUUUGCUAAAAACUUCACUCUGUGCAUCUAUACUCCUCUUGAAUUCUCUGAACAUCUUCACCAUCAUUAUUUUAAACUCUUCCUCAGAUAAAUUGCCCAUCUCCUCAUCACUUAUUUCUUCUUCUGGGAUUUUAUCUUGUGCCUUCGCCUGGGAGAUACUCCUCUGCUGCUUCAUAUUGUCUAUCUUUCUAUUUGUAUUUUUAGGUAGGUUAGUUUUGUUUCUCGACCUUGGUGAGGUGGUCCUCUGUGGGAGACAUCCUGUGCAUCCCAGCAGCACACUCCUCUCUUGUCACCCAAGGGCUAGGGUCCAGCUGGUUCCAGUGUAGAGUGUGGACUGUAUGGAAUCCUUCCACAAGCUUUGGGAUUUUUGUUUUAUUUCUGGUAUCUGCCCCUGGUGGAUGAGGCUGGGCCAGAGGCUUAUGCAGGUUUCCUGGAAGUAGGAGCCAGUGCCUGCCCACUGCUGGCUGGAGCUGGGUCCUGGACCUCUGGUGGGUAGAGCUGUGUCUAGAGGCCUUUGUGGCUUAGGAAGUCUGCUUUUGGAUGGGGCUAGGUUUUGGUGCUAAAGGUCAAAUCAAGAUGUCAGCCUCCAGGAAAGCUCAUGUUGAUGAACACUCCCGGAAUGUCUGCCACCAUCUUUUAUGUCCCCUGGGUGAGCUGCAGCAGCCCCUCACUUUCCCAGGAGACCUUCCAAAACCAGCAGGCAGUCCUUGCCCAGGUUCCUAUGAAAUCACUGCCUCUGCCCUUGGACUUGGCGCAUGUGAGAUUCUGUGUAUGUUCCCAAGAGAAUGAAGUCUCUCUUUCCCCAAUCCUGUGGGACUCCUGGAGCCAAGCACUUCUGGUCUUCUAAUGUCCUGGAGUCUCCUCCUCCUCCCAGUGCUGGAACCCUGGGCUGGGGAACCCGACAUGGGGCCCAGAACUCUCGCUUCUGUGGGAGGGCCUCUACGACCCAGUUAUUCCUUGGCUUGUGGGCUGCCCACCCUGGGGAUAUGGGGCCCAAUUAUAUUGAGAGCACAUCCUUCCUACUGUCUAGCUGUGGUUCCCUCUUUAUGUUUCCAGUUGAAGGAGAUUUUUUUUUUUUUUUUGCUAGGUUCCAGUCUUUUUGAUGGCUGUUGAGCAGUCAGUUGUGGUUUCAUUGUAAUCGCGAGGAAAGGCAAGCUCAUGGUCCCGUCACUCUGCCAUCCUAAUGGGAAAUCUAACUGUUUAAGAAUUUUAAAGCAGGGUGAGCCAAGAUGCUAUGGGUGGAUAGGGAAGGGCUGAAUGGGAUGUUUAUGGGGAACUAACAUCAGCAUUUAAGCCUUGGGUAGCUUUGGACCAAGGAUACUAGGCAGCCAGGGAAAAGGAACAGAAAAGGUGGGUGCCAGUGUCAGAAAGGGGAUGAGUCUUUUCCUCCUCUGAAUUGACAUCACUUCAGUUUCUUUCCUGUGACUCAUAAAUUCAGGCUGGUGCUACCAGUAUUUUUAUUAACUGAUGUUAUUAAGUAGAUUUUUAUGGGUUAAUUACUUGUUUAAUCACGUUGUAUUUAUGGGACAUUGUGAAUUCAAACUCAACUCUAGAACACACUUGUUAUAUAACCAGUUCAUGACUUGAGUAUUACCUGCAACUUAAUUUUCAAUCACACACACACACAGAAGGAUUGAAAACUCAGAAGAAUAAAAAUUUUGAUACAAUUUGUUUUGUUGGCCUUAUUUGUUAAGAUUACAAAUUUAUUUACAACAUUAAGAUGUUCUCAAACAAAUAUAUUCAAAGCUGUUUGUCUUUAAUGAGUUGAAAUGAACCCUUGAAUCCAGUAGCAGGCUGUAUUAGAAAUGUCGGUUGAGUUCCUCUCAAAUAAUUUUAGUUGCAUUUUUUAAGCAGUAAGUAGAAUUUUUGAAUCAGCUUUUGUCAUUUCUGGAGAAAGGGCUCAACAUUCAUAAGACAGAAAAUAGUUACAGUACCUUCCUCAUGGCAGGUAUCCUUCAUCCACAAAUCCUUUGUUUCCCGAGUCUUUUCUUGGUCAUUUCUUUCUCCAGCAUUUCCUAAAUUUUCUAAAUAAUUACAGACUUUUUCAGAGUUCUUGCCCUCUACAUACUCACCAGUCCUUCUGACAUGGGCCUUCGUUGUUACUUUCAAUCAUCUUUACAGUUGACUUGGCCUUUAAUUCCUCUAAGACUUCCUUCUUCAAACACUCUUCUCUCUAAUACACAACUUCACUCACUGUUCACUCAUCUUUUUCUUACAAAUUAUAACAGAGGAGUGGCCUAUUUGUCCACUAUUAUUAGUAAACCCUGAGGCAUAUAACAGACACUCAGAUAUUUUACUGUAAAAUCUUUCUGGCUCACGUCUAUCUCAAAAUAGUAUAAAGUAACUGUGCAAGUUUAUGUGAACUCUUUCCAAGUUGUCUUUUCUUCUCUGUCACUUUUCAGUGGGUCUCAUAUCAAUUAUUCUUGUCUGUUUGCUUAUUGGUCUUCGUGCCCUUGCUUUUCCUAAAAUCAAGACCAGUUCAGUAUCUCAAUCUCCUUAAUUCAGUCUCCUUUUGACCCACAAAUCUAAACUUCCUUUUCAGUAAAGUAUUUAAUUUCCUUCUUAACCUGUAAAAAUACAGAGCCUAUCGGCUUUUUUAGACUUCUUUUCUUUCUUGCCUUUCAAUCUUACAUCACACAGAUUCCAUUCUCAUGAAUGUGGCCACAUCUUGUGGCUGGCUUAUUUCUCAUAUAUUUGUUCCCUUUUAGCCUUUUAAAACCCAUUGUUAUCUCUUCAUUACAUGUAUCUUUCAAAUGACGCUUACCUUUACUACUGCUAUCUUAUAAUAUUACUUCAAGAUGCUAAUUCAGAAGGAAAAAAGCCUAUUGUGUCUCCUGCCACUCCUAAUUCUUAAGAUGGUCCAGCCGUGAGACUGAAGGGGCUGGACUUGCCACUUGUAUAGAACUGUGCGUAAAAGCACUCCGCCUGGAAUCUACAGAAAAUACUGAAGUGAAAAUAUCUAUUUGCAAGACCAUUUCGUGCUUGUUGCCUGAAGAUCUGGAAGUUAAACGUGCUUGUCAACUGAGUGAAUUUCUUAUUGAGCCUACAGUAGAUGCAUAUUAUGCUGUGGAAAUGUUGUAUAACCAGCCAGACCAGAAAUAUGAUGAAGAGAAUCUUCCGAUACCAAAUUCUCUACGCUGUGAGCUCUUACUUGUAUUGAAAACUCAGUGGCCCUUUGAUCCAGAAUUCUGGGAUUGGAAAACCUUAAAACGACAGUGUCUUGCACUGAUGGGGGAAGAAGCAUCCAUUGUGUCUUCAAUAGAUGAACUAAAUGACAGCGAAGUUUAUGAGAAAGUAGCAGACUACCAGGAAGAGAGUAAAGAAACUUCUGUGAAUGGCCUUUCUGGUGGAAUUGGUACUAAUUCUGGCCUUCUUAGGGACAUUUGUGAUGAAAAGCAGAAGAAGAGAGAGAUAAAACAAUUAAGAGAGAGGGGAUUUAUAUCUGCCAGGUUUCGAAAUUGGCAAGCCUACAUGCAGUAUUGUGUGCUAUGUGACAAAGAAUUCCUUGGUCAUCGAAUAGUUCGGCAUGCUCAAAAACAUUACAAAGAUGGGGUUUACAGUUGCCCCAUUUGUGCAAAGAACUUCAAUUCUAAAGAAACUUUUGUCCCUCAUGUCACAUUGCACGUUAAACAAUCUAGUAAAGAGAGACUAGCAGCUAUGAAGCCAUUAAGAAGGUUGGGAAGGCCUCCUAAGAUCACAACUACCAUCGAGAAUCAGAAGACUAAUGCUGUGGCCAAGCAGGAGCAGCGGCCUAUCAAAAAGAAUAGUCUCUAUUCAACAGACUUCAUAGUGUUUAAUGACAAUGAUGGUUCAGAUGAUGAAAAUGAGGACAAAGAUAAAUCUUAUGAGCCAGAGGUGAUCCCAGUCCAGAAACCAGUACCUGUUAAUGAAUUCAAUUGCCCUGUAACUUUUUGUAAAAAGGGCUUUAAGUACUUUAAAAAUUUAAUUGCUCAUGUAAAAGGACAUAAGGAUAAUGAAGAUGCCAAGCGCUUUCUUGAAAUGCAAAGCAAGAAAGUUAUCUGCCAGUACUGUAGACGGCAUUUUGUAAGUGUUACUCAUCUCAAUGAUCACUUACAAAUGCACUGUGGCAGUAAGCCAUAUAUCUGUAUACAAAUGAAAUGUAAGGCCGGUUUUAAUAGUUAUGCGGAGCUCUUAACCCACCGAAAGGAACAUCAAGUCUUUAGAGCAAGGUGCAUGUUUCCUAAAUGUGGCAGAAUUUUUUCAGAAGCUUAUUUACUGUAUGAUCAUGAAGCACAGCAUUAUAAUACCUAUACUUGUAAGAUCACAGGUUGUGGUAAGGUUUAUCGUUCUCAGAGUGAGCUUGAAAAGCAUCUGGAUGACCACAGUAUUCCUGAAAAAGUGCUGCCUCCUGAAGACCAACUUAAUUCAUCUGGAGAUCCUAUUCAGCCUCCCAGAGUGAGUCAGAGCAUUGAAGGGAACACUGAGGAAGAAAGAUCUAUGCUUCCUUUAGGAAAUAAUGUUGACAACACUUUACCAGAAGAUAGAAGUGAUGCUUGGGAUAAGAGCAAGGCAGAGUCUCCUGUGACCAAACAAGAACAGACUUCUGCCUCGGAGCUCAGGCAGGCUGACGGACUGUUGCCAAAUGGUUUGGAAAACCCUGCUGCUACUUCUCUGCUUCAGGCCAGCGAAGUAGCCGUGUCCAUCAAGGUGUCCCUCAAUCAGGGGAUUGAGGGUAACUUUGGAAAGCAAGAAAACUCAGCUGUGGAAGGCACUGGUGACUCACUGGUCACAAACUUACAUACACCAGUUGGAGAUACGUGUAAUGAUUUGUGUCAUACAGGUUUCCAAGAAGGAAAAGAACAGGAUUGUUUUAACGAAGCCCAGAUUACUCAGAAUCCUUUGGUAGAUUCAGAAACCCUCAAAAUAGAUGACCUUACUCCACAAAACUUGGAAAGACAAGUGAACAACCUGAUGACCUUUUCUGUGCAAAACCAGGCAGGAUUUCAAAACAGUUUACCAACUUCCAAGUUUGACUGUGGAGCUAGUGUUAAACCAUCACCCAAUCUGUAUAAUUUACCUCUGAAGACAUUAGAAAGUAUCACAUUUAUUCCACCACAGCCCAACCUAAGUAAUUCUUUAGGAACUCCAUCAGUGCCUCCAAAAGCGCCAGUUCAGAAAUUCAGCUGCCAGGUUGAGGGAUGUACUCGAACCUAUAAUUCUUCACAGAGCAUUGGGAAACACAUGAAGACUGCACACCCUGACCAGUAUGCAGCAUUUAAAAUGCAGCGCAAAAGCAAAAAGGGGCAGAAAUCUAACAACUUAAAUACACCAAAUAAUGGAAAGUUUGUUUAUUUUUUGCCAUCACAGAUGAGCAACUCUAAUAAUGCAUUUUUCACACCACAGACCAAAGCCAAUGGGACUCCUACGUGUUCUACCCAGUUGCAGCAUGUCUCACCUUCCAUUUUUCCAGCUCAUUUAACAAGUGUGUCAGCUCCACUAUUGCCCUCUGUGGAAAGUGUCAUAAGUCCAAAUAUACCUACUCAGGAUAAGAAUGAGCAAAGUGGUGGUAUGUUAUGUCCCCAGAUGGAAAAUCUGUCUAAUACUGCCUUGCCAGCACAAAUGGAAGAUCUCACCAAAACAGUUUUGCCUUUGAAUAUUGACAGCGGCUCAGAUCCUUUCCUUCCUUUACCUGCAGAAAGUAGCUCAAUGUCUCUCUUCCCUUCACCAGCAGAUAGUGGGACUAAUUCUGCUUUUUCCCAACUGGAAAAUAGUACAAAUCAUUUUUCCUCACAGAUUGAAGGAAACACUAAUUCCUCCUUUCUAAAGGGAGGUAAUGGUGAAAAUGCAGUUUUUCCCUCACAAGUCAGUGUUGCAAAUGACUUCAGUAGCACUAGUGCCCAACAGUCUGCACCAGAAAAAGUUAAAAAAGACCGUGGGCGAGGCCCAAAUGGGAAGGAAAGAAAACCCAAGCACAACAAAAGGGCUAAGUGGCCAGCAAUUAUCAGAGAUGGGAAAUUUAUCUGUAGCAGGUGUUACAGGGCUUUUACCAAUCCCAGAUCUCUGGGCGGACACUUGUCUAAGCGAUCUUACUGUAAACCACUGGAUGGAGCAGAAAUUGCUCAAGAACUUCUGCAGAAUAAUGGACAGCCUUCUCUCCUUGCUAGCAUGAUUCUCUCCACAAAUGCAGUAAACCUGCAGCAGCCGCAGCAGCCUGCUACCUUCAGUCCAGAGGCAUGCUUCAAAGAUCCAUCAUUCCUGCAACUUCUUGCUGCUGAAAGUCGCUCAGCAACAUUUUUACCAAAUACAUUUCCUCGGACUGGUGUGACUAACUUUAGUACAAGUGUUAGUCAGGAAGGAAGUGAAAUUAUUAAGCAGGCUUUGGAAACUGCUGGCAUUCCCAGUACGUUUGAGGGUGCCGAAAUGCUCUCUCUCCCAGCAGGUUGUGUCUCAGAUGCAGCACAAGUGACUGCAACAGUGAUGCCAAGUCCACCUGUGCCAGCCCUGCUACAGACCGUGUGCCACCCAGCACCCCUGCUGACAGACCAGAAUAGGACCCCAGACCCCAAAGCCCCCUCCAUUGAAGAAUGCAGCAGUUUGCCUGUUUUUCCAACAAAUGACUUACUACUGAAGACUGUUGAAAAUGGUUUGUGCUCUGGUUCGUUCCCUAAUUCUAGUGGGCCAUCACAAAAUUUUACCGGUAACAGCUCACGUGUUUCAGUUAUAAGUGGUCCUCAGAACACACGGUCUACUCAUUUAAAUAAAAAGGGAAACAGUGCUUCUAAGAGAAGAAAGAAAGUUGCUCCUCCACUAAUUGCACCUAAUGCUUCCCAAAACUUGGUCACAAGUGACUUAUCGACAAUGGGACUUAUAGCAAAGAGUAUUGAGAUACCAACUACUAACCUUCAUUCAAAUGUAAUUCCCAAUUGUGAACCUCAGGGUUUGGUGGAAAAUCUAACACAGAAAUUAAAUAAUGUUGACAAUCAGUUGUUUAUGACUGAUGUGAAAGGAAACUUUAAGACCAAUCUUGAGUCCCAUACAGUGUUAGCUCCCUUACCAUUAAAAACUGAAAAUGGUGAUUCCCAAAUGAUGGCUUUGAAUUCAUGCACAACUUCAAUAAAUUCUGAUUUACAGAUUUCUGAAGACAAUGUUAUACAAAACUUUGAAAAAACUCUUGAAAUUAUUAAAAGUGCUAUGAAUUCUCAAAUACUUGAGGUAAAAAGUGGAUCUCAGGGUGUUGGUGAAACAUCGCAGAAUGCUCAGAUAAAUUAUAACAUUCAGCUUCCUUCACUAAACACUGUUCAAAAUAACAAAUUACCUGAUGCUUCUCAGUUUUCCUCCUUCAUAGGUGUCAUGCCGACAAAAAGUAACAUUCCUCAGUCUCAAGUACUACAUAAGGAAGAUCAAAUACAGGAGAUUUUAGAAGGCUUACAGAAACUGAAAUUAGAAAAUGACCUAUCCACUCCAAUAUCCCAGUGUGUACUGAUAAACCCGUCAGUGACCCUGACUCCCACUCCUGUUAAAUCGGUUCCAAAUGUCACAGUUGUUCAGCCAGUUUCUGAAAUGAUAAGCAACAUUCAGUUUAGUGACAGAGUUAAUAAACCCUUUGUGUGUCAAAACCAAGGCUGUAAUUACAGUGCUAUGACAAAGGAUGCACUAUUCAAGCACUAUGGUAAGAUUCAUCAGUACACUCCAGAGAUGAUUCUUGAAAUUAAGAAGACUCAGUUGAAAUUUGCUCCGUUUAAAUGUGUGGUACCUACAUGUACAAAAACAUUUACAAGAAAUUCUAAUCUGCGGGCACACUGUCAGUUGGUACACCAUUUUACAACAGAAGAAAUGGUAAAACUAAAAAUAAAAAGGCCUUAUGGAAGAAAAUCUCAGACUGAAAAUUCGUCAGCCUCACGAAUUCCUCAAGUAAAAAGACAGCUAACUGUCACAGAGGAAAAUAAAAGGGAAUUCCAGCCUGCUUUAGAAUUGGGAGUGAUGAAGGAAAACGCCCUCAGUAAUAUAGCAGUGAUCCCAGAAAAACAACUUACAGAAAAAAAAAGUCCUGAGAAAACAGAAGGCUCUUCACAGCUGGUUGCAGUUACUUCAGAACAGUGUAAUACAAAUUCUCUCAUAAACAUUCAAACCAAAGGACGGAAAGUUAGGAGACAUAAAAAAGAAAAGGAGGAGAAAAAACGCAAGAAGCCAGUUUCUCAGUGUCCCGAGUUUCCAACAAGAUACAGCCCCUACAGACCGUAUCGAUGUGUCCACCAGGGUUGCUUUGCCGCCUUUACCAUACAGCAAAACUUAAUUCUGCAUUACCAGGCCGUGCACAAGUCAGAUCUGCCUGCGUUUUCUGCAGAGGUUGAAGAGGAAAGCGAAGCUGGUAAAGAAAGUGAAGAAAUUGAAACUAAGCCAACUGUGAAGGAAUUUCGAUGUCAGGUGAGUGACUGUUCUCGAAUUUUCCAAGCAAUUACUGGCCUCAUACAGCACUACAUGAAACUUCAUGAAAUGUCUCCUGAGGAAAUUGAAAGUAUGACCGCUUCUGUGGAUGUUGGGAAAUUUCCAUGUGAUCAGUCAGAGUGUAAAUCUUCGUUUACCACGUAUUUGAAUUAUGUUGUCCAUCUUGAGGCAGACCAUGGAAUUGGGGUGAAGGGAAAUAAAACUGAAGAAGAUGGCAUAUACAAGUGUGACUGUGAAGGCUGUGACCGAGUAUAUGCGACUCGGUCUAAUCUCCUCCGACACAUUUUUAAUAAGCAUAAUGACAAACAUAAAGCUCAUUUGAUUCGGCCAAGAAGAUUAACGCCUGGUCAGGAAAAUAUAUCAAGCAAGGCAAACCAAGAAAAGACGAAGUCUAAACAUCGGGGGACAAAAUACAGAUCUGGAAAGGAAGGGAUCAAAAUGCCUAAGACUAAACGAAAGAAGAAAAAUAAUUUGGAAAACAAGACUGCAAAGAUUGUACAGAUUGAAGAAAAUAAGCCUUAUUCUCUGAAACGGGGAAAGCACGUAUACUCUAUAAAGGCUCGGAACGAUGCCUUAUCUGAGUGUACAAGCAGGUUUGUAACCCAGUAUCCUUGUAUGAUAAAGGGGUGUACAUCAGUUGUUACAAGUGAAAGCAAUAUAAUUAGACAUUAUAAAUGCCAUAAAUUAUCUAAGGCAUUUACAUCACAACACCGCAAUCUUCUCAUUGUCUUCAAACGGUGUUGCAACUCACAACUAAAGGAAACCUCUGAGCAAGAAGUUGAAAAGAGUGAUGUGAAAGAUUCUGACACGGGUUUAUCAGAGAGCAAUGAUAACUCAAGGACAACUACAGUUCCUCAGAAGGAAAUUGAAAAAAAUGAAAAAGAUGAAAUGGAUGAGCUAACAGAAUUAUUUAUUACCAAAUUAAUAAAUGAAGACAACACAAGUGUGGAGACCCAAGCUCAGACCUCUUCAAAUGUAAGUAAUGAUUUCCAGGAAAGUAACCCCUGCCUGUCAGAAAAACAAAAAGCAGGUAAUUUGAAGAGAGUUAAUAAAGAAAAAAAUACCUCCCAAAAUAAAAAAAGGAAAGUUGAAAAAGUUGAACCAGCAUCGGCAGUUGAGCUAAGUAGUGUGCAUAAAGAGGAAGAAACUGCGGUUGCAAUUCAAACCACUGAGGAUCAUCCUGCAUCUUUUGACUGGAGCUCAUUUAAACCAAUGGGAUUCGAAGUAUCGUUUCUGAAGUUUCUUGAGGAGUCUGCAGUGAAGCAGAAGAAAAAUACUGACAAAGACCAUCCAAAUAGUGGGAAUAAAAAAGGGUCCCAUUCAAAUUCAAGAAAAAAUAUUGACAAGACUGCUGUGACUGGUGGAAAUCACAUAUGUUCUUGUAAAGAAAGUGAAACCUUUGUACAGUUUGCCAAUCCAUCACAGCUUCAGUGCAGUGAUAAUGUAAAAAUUGUUUUAGACAAGACUCUAAAAGAUUGCACUGAGCUUGUCUUAAAGCAACUUCAGGAAAUGAAACCUACCGUCAGUCUGAAAAAACUUGAAGUACAUUCAAAUGACCCAGAUGUGUCUGUUCUGAAAGAAAUCAGUAUGGGUAAAGCCACGGGGAGAGGGCAGUACUGAUGACUAAUGUACUAUAAAUACAUUAAUUAUAGUUUUAUUUUAAAUAGGAAGCCAUCAAGCAUGCUAGAAUUGUGAAACUCUUUCAUUUUUUGUUGUUGCUGACAUGAAUUAACCUGGCCAAAAAAAGAAAAGGAAAAAAAAAAACAUGACAUUUGUCAUGUAAAACUUUUUUUUUUCAUCCCUAUGGGACUUGAGGAACAGAAUCAAUACUUUAGUACUGUAAAUAGCUGAGCUAAACCUCAAAUUUCUAUCAACCAGUUGCCCUUUCCAUGAACUAGGCUGAACUAUCUGUGUGAUUGACAUGUCUCACCAGGUCACUGCUCAUGUAUAACAGUACUACUCUUUGUAGAUACCUUUUUUGUAUAUAUUUAUUAUUGUAAAUCAUUUGCUGCCACCAGCGGUGUGUAAGUCUAAACUAUUAAAUGACACAUUUAUAUUUCGAAUUUUAAUUUUUAACUAAGUGAUCAAGUUUUUAAAACUUCUUUUAUUGAUUUAAAUUAAGAAUUUUUUGAACUAAAACUAGAAACUCUGCCAUAGUUCAUUUUUUUUUUUACAUAAGACAUUUAUUUACAAGAUGAUCUCAAAAAAAAUUAAUUUUCACAAAGUAGGCACAUUAUAUCAACACUCUGCUCUGCUUUGUAAAUUUACCCUCCAGGAUUUUUGGGUGGUACUCGUGAAAUUAAAGCAGAUUCUUUAGCAGUUUCCUAUAGCUACAGUUUUUUCUCAAUGCUUCUAAUUGGAUAUAGUUACUAUGAUUCCAUGAAAUAUAAUGGAAAUGUGAAUAAAGAAUUUACUACAUCAAAGAUUUUAAACAUUUGGUAUUAAAAAAAAAUCCUUUGUGAAUGUGAUAGAAACUAGUAGUGUGGAGCAGUGUAAAUAUUUGAGGUGGUGAUUUGUGAAGUAGCCCAGUAUUGCCUUAAAUAAAAUCACAUUUCAUUUCUUGUUUUAUACAUGUGAUCUUAUAAAGGUUUUUUUUUUUUUUCAUUUUCUGAGAUUUAUAGAUUGGUGUAUAGCUUUAAACUGUAUAAACUUUUGUGGAAAGAUUUUUUUAAACAUUUUUAUAAAUCUUAAAAUUGGUAUCAUCAAAGUGAGCCCAUCUUGUGUUUAUAAAAUGCAAGAGUCCUUAAACAUUUAUAAUUACAUAGAUGAAACACUUUCUAUAAGGAAGUUGGAUGUUUUGAUUUUACUGUUUAUAGAUGUUAGAUUGUACAGAUUUGUCUGUAUUUUCCUGCCAUAUCUAAUGAUACUUUUUUCAUUAGAUUGGUCUUCCAGAGCAGUAUUAGUUGUUAUAAUUAUUUUGGUUAUUCAGUAUAUAGUUAGCUCUUAUAGUUUAGCUUUAUUCACCAUAUUUAUACUGUGGAUUUAUGGCCAGAGAUAGAAGUUAUUUCAGGAGCAUUUAUGACCUUCGUUUGGUUUGAAGUCCAACUAAAAUCAGUACUGGAAACAAAAGAAAACAUUCUUUAGAUUUACUUUUGUUUCUGUUUGCCAUAAAUAGUAGCAUUGAUUUUUGACUUUGUGUUUGUUAUAAACCAGUUGCGUUCACAAUAUUAUUAGCUUGAUACAUUGAUGAUAUUGUGAUAUGAAAAUGUGUAUAUGCCCUGUACAACAUCAGACUUGCAGGAAAAAUGAAGCACUUAACAGUAACUGAAAUUGCUGGUACUCUGAAUAAAUAAGCAUGGUCAAGGAGUGAAUUAUUUUCUUUUGGAAAAUAUUUUUUUAAGUUUUAUUAUUAAAGUAUUAUAGUUUUAUUUUUAGGGCCAAAUGGGUUAUAUUGAAUAGUUGGUUUCACCUCCUUAAGGUUUAUUACCAAUAUGCAUAAAACUUGACACAUUAAAAUCCCUACCCUUUGGUAAGCCCACUGUUAUUUAUUAAAAUAAAAGUUCUUAUGGGUGAUGAA